AUGCUCUUCCGACGGUUUGUGCGUAAGGAUGCGCUGCUGCUGCUCGCGGGAGCGUCGAUGAUGCAUCUCUUUAGCUUGCUCUCGACGCCUUCGAUGACGCCUAGCAGCACCUGGUUCUACGAGGCUCCGGUAGACUUGGAGCCGUUGCCUCCUCCGCCUGAGCCAGCGGCGGUCCGACGAAACGUGGAGACGGAGACCGUGACCGUAACGAUACCCGCGCCAUCCGACCCGACUCGGAUCCUUCCUCGCUCGAAUACCCUCCCCCAUACGUCUAUCGUGCACCACGCCCCAGGAUGGACGCUGUUUAGGAACCUGUAUAUGUCGGACGGGACGCUGUUCAUUCUUUCGAGUAAUAGGUCCUUUCCGGAGAUCCGGAUGAUGACGAGCACGGGGUUGCCAGCAGAGAAUACACGGGAAAAUAUCGCGUUGAGGGAACCGACAAGGCAUCAUAUGGAUAUCAUCACUCCAGAGUCGGCGAAGCGAAGAUGGGGAGAGCGGGUCCUGACCGUUAAAGGAAACACGCUCUUAGUAAAUGAACCCAGCCAGUUCCUCCGGCACUACUACCACCUCUGCGCAGAGCUCUUCUUCGGCGUCCAAGCCUUCUGGCACGGGGCCCACUCGGACCCAUCAUCGACAUCCCCCGACCGAGAAUCCCAAGUCCUCACCCACCCCACCCCGCCCCCCCUCGACCGCGUCGUAUUCGCCCACGCUACCGUCGACGGAUGGCGCGACGACCCAGGCUUCAACGCGUUCUUCCUCCGCGCAGCCUAUCCCUCGCUGACCGUCGAGACAUGGGACGACUGGGAAGACCGGAUAGCAGCGAGCGCGGGCGGUGACCGUGCGUGGCACUUUCCCUUGCUCCUCCUCACAGACCGGAGCGCCGCGCACCGUGGGGAGAUUUGCGGGAGCCAGACGCAGCGCAUCGCUGCCGAGGCGUGGGACUAUAUGCGCCGGCAGCGUCUGUUGAUGGGUAUGCGCGUCGGAGGGUGGUGGGAACCUGUACGCGCUGCUGUGCUCAAGUUUGCUGGGGCACCCGUCAGUCGGAAGGGGAUACGCGAGCUACCGAUGCCGGAUAAGAUCGUCAUCACGUAUAUCAGUCGCCAGGGUGGGCAUCGGCGGAAGCUGGUGGAAGGAGACCAUGAGGUCAUGGUCGAGGCUCUCGAGGAGCUCAUGCAGCGGAAGAAGGGCGACUUGGUAGAGUGGGAGCUGAAUGUGCUGCAGGCGGAAAAGAUGACCAAGGACGAGCAGCUGGCUAUCAUCGCCAGGACGACGUUUUUGGUCGGCGUGCAUGGGAAUGGGCUCACACAUUUGUUGUUCAUGCCCCCGACGAAGCUGUCGGCUGUUGUUGAGAUUUUUUAUCCCGGGGGAUUUGCACAUGACUAUCAUUGGACCACGAGGGCUUUGGGUAUGACCCAUUUUGCGGUCUGGAAUGAUACGUACGUGGAUUGUUCUCAGCCAAAAGUAGAUUACCCGGAAGGAUUCCAGGGAAACGAGGUACCCGUAUAUGGGCCCACUGUCGCUCAGAUUAUCGAGGAUAGGGUGGAUGGCAAGUUGUAA